AUGGCAUCUGUGUCAGUCAGUUCUGGUCUGAACAAGACUCUGCAGCAGCACUACAUGUCUCUCCCUCAGAGGGGCCUGUGUCAGGUCACCUACGUCUGGGUCGACGGCUCUGGGGAGGAGCUGUGCAACAAGACUCGAACCCUGGACAGAGAGCCCCAAGGACUGGAGAACAUUCUGGAAUGGAACGUUUUUGCCCCCACCUGCGAGAAAGACCAGUCUAAAAGUGUCAUGUACUUGAUCCCAGUGCGCAUUUUCAGUGACCCCUUCACUCUUGACCUCAACAAACUGGUCCUGUGUGAGGCGCUUCAAUACAACCGCCUCCCUGCAGAGACUAACCCGCGCUCAGACUUUAACAAGGUGAAGGAGCGCGUUCCCUGGUUUGGAAUUGAACAAGAGUACACUCCCUUGGGGAUAAAUGGACGCCCCUAUGGCUGGCCCUCAAAUGGAUUCCCUGCUCCCCAAGGCCCAUACGACUGCAGCGUUGGUGCAGACAAAGCUUACGGCAGGAACAUUGUGGAGUGCCACUACAAGGCAUGUCUCUACGCUGGGGUCAAAAUCUGUGGGACCAAUGCAGAGACCAUGCCUUCACAGUGUGAGUUCCAGGUGGGACUCUGUGAGGGGAUUGAGAUGGGAGACCACCUGUGGAUGUCCCGUUUCCUGCUCCACCGCGUGAGCGAAGACUUUGGGGUCGUGGCUUUGUUGGACCACAAACCGAUGACGGGGAACUGGAAUGGGUCGGGUUGCCAUACCAACGUCAGCACCAAAGACAUGAGGGCAGAGGGAGGACUACGGUACAUCCAGCAGGCCAUAGAGAAGCUUAGCGCUCGACACGUGGAGCACAUCAAGGUGUACCACCCUCACAACGGCCAGGACAACAUAAGGCGUCUCACCGGCCUCCACAAGACCUCCAGCAUCCACGACUUCUCUGCCAGCGUGGCCAAUCGUGGGGCGAGCGUCCGCAUCCCUCGUCAGGUGGGUCAGCAGGGGAGGGGCUACUUUGAAGACCGCCGCCACUCCGCCAACUGUGACCCGUAUGCUGUGACGGCCACCAUUGCGCCCACAUGUUUUCUGGAUGAAGAAUGAAAAUAAGAGCUUGUUGUUAAUAAAAGUCAUGUUCUGUGAAGGGAUACUGGACAAAAGCAAGCACACCCAAUAAUGUGUUUUAAUGAUGUUAAGGUGUGAUGCAGUUACCUCACAAAGCUAAGGAUGGGUACAGCACAGAGGUAGAACAUUUAACUGCAUAUUAAUAAGUUGUAGGUUCAAAUACACCGUUUUCGAUGAGCAUCUACAAAAUGAAUACAUUAUUAUUUAUUCCGUUUCUCAAUCAAGGACCAUCACAUGUCCAAUGGUAGUGGCCUUUGCAGACUCGCUUCAUAACUGAGAAGUGAUGCUGCUAUCGUACCUUACCAGCAGCAGUAAUUUAUUUACUGAUUUGACCUGAUUUAACCCUGAUUUUAAAUCAAUAGAUGACAUGAUUGUAUAAGGUUGAUUAAAUCUACC